AUCGAGUAUCAGGGUUUUUCAGUAUACCCGGAGACCCUGCUACAACGGCUCAAGGGCUCCCAGGCAUGUGUUUGGGCAAUGGGUGUCUCCCAAAACAGGGUGUCCCAUGAGGACUAUGUCAAGGUCACUCAGGAUUAUCCGUUAGCUGCGGCCAAGGCACUUUCCGGGCUGUCGGACUUAUUUAAGUUUGUUUAUGUUUCGAGCGGUGGUGCAAAUCCCUCUCCUACCUCUCUAACCCCCUUCUACGGGCACAUCCAAGGCCGCACGGAGACGACGCUCCUCUUGCUCCCUUCCUCGGGGCAUCCAUCCUUGAAGCCCUUCUCCGUCCGACUACGCUAUGUUGACCCAGCGAAUGACCCAAGUGCAUGGGAAACUAUCACUUUGCGUCCUGACUGGCACGCUCUCGAAACAAGUAUCACAUACGGCCUGAUGGGGCCGGUUUUACGGCUACUGGCGCCGGCGUUUGUUUUCCCCACGCGAGUUGUUGGGUCUUUUAUAACGGGGUUGGCUAUGGGCAAUGGUGAGAGUCUACCAGGGGACCAGGAGGGUGUUAAUGGUGGCGGAAGGAUUAUUUGGAACAGGGCGAUGAGGGAGAUGAGUGGGCUUUGA